AUGGAGAAGAAGAAGCAUAACCCGGAAUCUCACGAGUGUCUCAGACAAGAUACAUCCAAAUCUUGGUCCGAUCUUCCACUAGAUCUGUUGAAUUCGGUUUUCGAACGCCUAAGCUUUGCCAAUUUCCAACGAGCAAAAUCUGUAUGUUCGUCGUGGUACUCUGCUUCGAGACAAUGCGUGCCCAAAAAUAAUCAUAUCCCUUGGCUGAUUCUCUUACCCGAAGACAGCAACAACAACAGUUCCUCCUGCACGUUGUUCAAUCCCGAGGAGAAAGACAAACUUUACAGAACGCAAGAUCUUGGUUUGGAAAUUGCAAAAAGUAUUUGUAUAGCAACCUAUGGAAGUUGUCUCUUGAUGCAAAAUAAUCUGCAUAAUCUCUACAUUGUGAAUCUCUUUACCUACGAGAGGAUCAAUCUACCUCCUGUGGAGUCACAGAUCGGAACGACAAAGAUUCAACGAACCAAAGAUGAUCAGUUCCUCAUUACAAGUCACAACGGAGAGGAGUCCCAUUGUAUGCACAUACGAAUAUGAUCACCUGUGUUUUGGAUUGACGAGAAAACCAAAGAUCAUGUAGUUUCAUGGGGACUUGGAAGAUGGUGUGUGGUUUAUUCCAAGAAAGGAGCUAACUCGUGGAAUCAAAUUCCGGUAGUUUCAGAGUGUUGUGACUUGGUUUACAAGGAUCACAAGCUUUACUUUUUAAGCUACCGUGCUCGUGAUUUCAGAAUCUUCGAUUUUUCUGGAGAGACUCCACAAGAAACCUUUCGACGUAGUGUUUCUGUGGAGAUGUUUUGCCAUGGUCGGCAACUUCGUAAACCAAGUAAUCAUUGGCGCCUUUUUGCCACAAAACUUGUAGUCACAGUAACAGGAGACGUUCUCAAGGUUGAGCAACUUUUGAGACCGAUAUCUAGAAAAUGGUCCUUCCGGGUUUUCAAGGUCGUUUCAUCAUCAGGAUUCGUGGAAAAUUGCGAUCGGAUUUAUUCUUUGGGAGAUGGAGAGUCAAUGCUUUUGGAUCAAGGAAUCACUGUCCUCGCCAACGAAACUGAUGGAUUGAUACGAAAUUCCAUCUAUUUCAGUGUUACUAAUCAUGAAAACAACACAAACGAUAACUUUCUCUUUAAUCUCAUGACAAGGAAGAUGGAGUCGCUGCACAAAUUUGAUAGUUCUUCAGUUCAAUCCUCUAGAACUCGAUGGUUCUUACCAAUUUUCACGCAUACAUUAGUGAUCAUUACUUACUGA